AUGUCUGCUUUACCUUCUUUGACUAUAGAGAAAGAUUUGCAGCCAUCGCUUCAAGAAGAAGUCUAUGUACAUGAUGUUUACAACGCAAUAGCACCUCAUUUUUCACAAACAAGAUACAAACCAUGGCCAAUAGUGGAGUCGUUUUUGAAAAGUAGACCCAAGUACUCAAUUGGUAUAGAUGUUGGUUGUGGGAAUGGGAAAUAUUUGAAUGUAUCAGAAGAUCUUUUUAUAAUAGGAACUGAUAGGUCACUGGGUUUAAUACAUUGUGGGCAAGAAAUAUCCAAGAACAAAUAUAAUUUGAGUAUUGCGGAUGGUCUAUCGUUGCCUCAUCCAAAUAACACAUUUGAUUUUGCAAUAUCUAUAGCAGUAAUACAUCAUUUUGCGAAUGAAAAUCGAAGAAUCGAAGCUAUACAGCAUAUACUAUCAAAAUUGAGGCAAAAUGGACAAUGCCUAAUUUACUGUUGGGCUUUAGAACAAGAGAGCUCCAGGCGUGGAUAUAAAGAAGGAGAUGAACAAGAUAUAUUAAUACCAUGGGUGUUGCAGAAAAAGCAGAAGAAGAAAGCAAGGAACUCUAAGAAUAAAACUUCCAAAACUAACAAUCAUGAAAAAAACUCACCUGAUACAAUACUUGACGAUAUCGAACCACAACCGGAAGAAGAAGUUGAGACAAAAUACAGAUACUAUCAUUUGUAUAAAAAGGGGGAACUUGCCCAAAACGCAUUGGCAACAAAAUCGUGUAAAAUUAUAGAAGAAGGUUAUGAAAAGGACAAUUGGUGGGUGAUUCUAGAGAAAAUAUAA